UCUCUCACUUGUGCAUCACUGAACUUGAACCCUUUAAACAUCAGUUUCAUCAAUAACCCUUCAUUUCAAUCUCUCCACAAAAACCCUUUUUUUUUGUUGUUGUUUUGUUUGAAUGUAAAUUUCAUCUAUAGACCUUCCCAUAUGUCCACCAUUGAAAUUGAAACCAUGUCCCAUCUUUCGACACUCCAAAGUUCAUCAGAUUUUCUUAGUACAACCACCAUAAUUGCACUUACCAUCUUCUUUUCACUCCUUUGUGCUUGUAUCAUCAUAGGUCACCUACUUGAAGAGAACCGAUGGGCUAAUGAAUCGAUUACAGCACUUCUUUUGGGAUUGUGUGCUGGAGCUGUGGUGUUGUUGGCGAGUAAAGGCAAUAGUUCUAAGAUUCUAGUGUUCAGUGAGGACUUGUUCUUCCUUUAUUUGCUUCCUCCAAUCAUUUUCAAUGCCGGAUUCCAAGUCAAGAAAAAGCAGUUCUUCAAGAAUUUCACAAUAAUUUUGAUGUUUGGAAUAUUUGGUACAGUGAUUUCAUUCUGCCUCAUAUCAGUAGGUGCCUUUUUGCUGUUCAACAGAAUCGGUGUGACAUCUUUGAAUACUCAAGAUUACUUGGCUGUUGGUGCCAUAUUGUCAGCAACUGAUACUGUGUGUACAUUGCAGGUUCUCAGUCAAGAUGAAACGCCCUUCCUUUACAGUGUUAUAUUUGGGGAAGGAGUGGUGAACGAUGCUACUUCUAUCGUGCUUUUCAAUGCAGUUCAAUCACUCGAUUUCAACAAUAUCGAUGCCAUGAUAUCCUUGAAACUGUUGGGGACCUUUCUUUACCUCUUCUUCACCAGUACCAUUCUUGGUGUAGUAGCGGGUCUUUUAAGUGCUUUUAUCAUAAAAACACUCUACUUUGGAAGGCAUUCGACAGACCGGGAAGUUGCACUCAUGAUGAUCAUGGCUUAUUUGUCAUAUAUGUUGGCUGAGCUACUGAAUCUCAGUGGGAUUUUGACAGUUUUCUUCUGUGGCAUUGUCAUGUCACAUUACACAUGGCACAAUGUUACUCAAAGCUCAAGGAUAACAACAAAGCAUGCAUUUGCAACAAUGUCAUUCAUUGCAGAAACAUUUAUAUUCCUAUAUGUUGGCAUGGAUGCCUUGGACAUUGACAAAUGGAAAGCCAGCAGUGCAAGUGCAGGAACUUUUAUUGCUGUCAGCUCAACACUGUUUGCAUUGGUGUUAGUUGGAAGGGCAGCAUUUGUGUACCCUCUAGCAAACUUCAUCAAUUGUAUUCGUAAACGAGACGGUUCAAAUAUCGCGUUUCGAAAACAGUUUAUAAUGUGGUGGGCAGGCCUCAUGAGAGGUGCUGUUACUAUUGCACUGUCUUAUAACCAGUUUUCAAAUUCCGAUGAUGAAGAUACCCAAGAUUCAGCAUUGAUGAUCACCUCUACCAUUAUUGUAGUCCUGUUUAGUACAGUGGUUUUUGGUUCCAUAACCAAACCAUUGAUAGAAGCAGUGCUACUAAGACAUGCAAAACCAAAUGUUUCAGAUGCUACUGAUAUCCCCAGCCUAGAUGACUUGAGACUUAUGUUCAUUGAAAAUGGUGAACCAAGUGACAUGGGAGCAGGCCCUAGGAGGAGUAGUUUGAGGUUGCUAUUGACUCAUCCAACUUGGACAGUUCAUUACUUAUGGAGAAAAUUUGAUGAUAGAUUCAUGAGACCAGUUUUUGGAGGAAGAGGGUUUGUUCCUUUUGUGCCUGGUUCACCCACUGGUGCCUCUGAUGAAGCUUCAAGAACUUGAAGAACAAUCACAUCUAUGUUACUCUGACUCUUUAUAGGUAUGAAGAUAUGACCUUCUAGAGAUCCUCCUAAUACAAGAAGAAAAUACAGAAAACUGAGCAUACUCAUAUGUGAAGAUACACCGGAGUCCCAGUAACAUAGCUCUGUAGGUAUUAAAAGUUAUUUAUUUAUUUAUUUUAUUUUUUGGUUUGUUGAUGAUUCUAUAGUAAGUGCUUUUCCUAUCCCACAAUCAAAUAUUUUGUUUUUUCCUUUUUUGUAAAAUAGUGCCAGUGUAGUUACGAAAGUA